CACACACACACACACACACGUCUGUGCGCCGUUUUAAGGUCCUUUCGUCGGUCAUGUGAUUUGUAACGUAACCCGACCGGAAAACACCGACAGGCAGCAGCAGCACCGCCGCCGCCAAUGCAGCGUCUGAGAGGAGCAGCAGAGCAGCUGCGCCGCGAGCCACGGACUCAGUGUCCCCGGUGGAAGUUAUGGAGCUGGCCAACCACGGUCUUAUCCUCCUGCAGCAGCUCAACGCGCAGAGGGAGUUCGGCUUCCUGUGUGACUGCACAGUCGCCAUCGGUGACGUCUUCUUCAAAGCUCACAAGGCCGUGCUGGCCGCGUUCUCCAACUACUUCAGGAUGUUGUUUAUUCACCAGGACAGCGACUGCGUUCGUUUAAAGCCCGCAGACAUCCAGCCCGAUAUCUUCAGCUACCUCCUCAACCUGAUGUACACAGGCAAACUGGCCCCGCAGCUGAUAGACCCGGCCCGGUUAGAGCAGGGCGUGAAGUUCCUGCACGCCUACCCCCUCAUCCAGGAGGCUAGUCUGAACAGCCAGUCCGCCUUCUCCCAUUCUGAGCCCAGCAUCCGGCUUAACACCUCUCUCUAUGGCAUCCAGAUCUCAGGCCAACAAGCGACACAGUCGGGUCGUCUUUCGACCAGGAGACCGUCUCCACCCGUUGACUCGGACAGCACAGGCACGCUCGACGGGAAAGCUUCGAACGUGACUCUGUCGUCCGGAUCCAGACUGCAGUCAGACAUGGAGGUCGAGGCCACAGCGAUGAGCAGCGUCCACUUUGGGAGAGAAGCCUCCGAGGCAGACGAGAGCGCAUCGUCUUCCUUGACGAGUGGGAACCCCAACACCAUCCUCCACGUCAAGCCGAGCAUCAUGAAACGAAGCUCCUCAUUCAGGAAGCACUACACCUGCCACAUCUGCGGCAGUCGCUUCAACCAGCGAGCCGCUCUGAGAGAACACCUCCUGUGGCACGCCCAGGCUAUGGCGCCUCUAAUGCUGGAGUCUGGAGGUGCCACUUCCCCAGUACUUCCUGGAGGAGCUGCCACGCCCGAGGUGGAGGAGAUUCUGACCGGUGUCGGAACGUCCGCGGUCACUCCCAUCAUGGUGGACAUUGACGUAGAACAGCCUCUGUCCGGGUCUAAAGUCUCCCCACGGGGCGAGACGGCCAUUUCGUUUCCCUCGGCGGCGGUGGUGACAUCAUCGUGCGCAGCUCAGCCGCAAGCGGACACGCCUCCUCCUUCCGACAUCGCCGACAUUGACAACCUAGAAGGUGCAGCCGACAUCGAGCGAGAAGUCAAGCGACGGAAGUAUGAGUGCCCCACCUGCGGACGCAAGUUCAUCCAGAAGAGCCACUGGCGCGAACACAUGUACAUCCACACAGGAAAGCCGUACCGCUGCAGCGCCUGCGGGAAGAGCUUCUGCCGGGCCAAUCAGGCUGCGCGACAUGUAUGCAUGAGCCAAGGGGCGGAGUCGGCGUACACCAUGGUAGACAGGCAGAGCAUGGAGCUGUGCGCGGCGGACGACUCCAGUCAGAUGGAGGCCCUGUUCCUGGGCUCCUCAGGAAGACCGUACAAGUGUAACGUAUGCGAAAUGACCUUCACCAGCCCGAACGAGGUUAUCAAGCACCUGUGCUUUAACACCACCGCGAUCUCGGAGGGCGGGGUCGCAGGAACUGCAGCUAUUGCCGAGAAUGAGGACAAAGCAGCCAAAGAUGAGGGUUCUGAUGUGUCUAGCGGUGGAUCUUCAGUGACUGCCAUUAAAACAGAGGAAGUCCUGGUAGAUUAAUGAAGUAUCCAUCCUAUAAGUUUUUUUUUGUUUGUUUGUUUGUUUGUACAGCGUAGAUCAGGAAAUGACUCGUGCAUGUUGUAGGAAACUGUUUCUUUCUUUUUUCUUUUUUUUCCUCCCACACAAGCAGGGAAUCUAGAUGAGUUUAUUACACCGCGAAUCUUGUUUUCGUUUCUUUGUUCGGUGGGUAAUUCAGGUCAUUCACAUGUUGCACGUUGUGGUUUAAGCCUUUCCUCUUUGCAACUGUCAGCAGGAAGAGGAAGUGCUGAAUUACAAGAAGAAGAAAAAAAAUAACGUACCCACCUAUGUUGAGAACGUUCUCCUCACCGAUUCUCACAUCCUGGUAUGAUCCGUGAUUUGACAUUUGAAGCAAUAGCCAGCAGCAUGCACCAUCACCAUCUUCCUAUUAUUAUUAUUAUUAUUAUUAUUAUUACUAUUAUUUGUAUUUUUAUUUCUACCAGCCAAAGAGUGUUAGAACAAUUUAUCUCCACUUCUGUGAUACAUUUUUUUUUUUAUUAUUUUUUUUUUUUAAGCUUUUUUCAUUAGUAUGAAUUCCAAUAAACAAUUCACUAGUUUCCGUUACGGCAUUAUUAUUAAUGUAUAAUAUCUCAAAUCCAGUAGCUACAAUCUCAGCUAAGAGAUCAUCCUCAUCCUCCAGAUAUUUAAACUGAAGCUUUUUUUUUUUGUUUUUGUUUAAUUAUUAUUAUUAUUAUUUUUUUUUUGCCAACACAAAUA